AUGAAUAGCUUACAAUGGAAGAAACUGAAAGCCUUGGGAGCGGGUUCUUAUGACAUUGUUUAUCUUGUAAUUGUUGUUGAUACACAAACACACUAUCAGAGCUUCAUUGCUGUGAAGAGCUCCAUUCUCAGAUUGGCAUUCUCACUGAAGAAAGAACAACAGAUUUUUAAAUCAUUGUGCAAAGGUGAAAGCGGUGGUUGCAAAGAAAUCAUUCGAUGCUUUGAAACUGAGACCACGGUAGAGCAUGGACGUUACUUUUACAAUCUUCUAUUUGAGUAUGCUCCUCACGGUUCUUUGGAUGACUUGAUCCACAAGAAACCUCUCCCAGAGACCGACGUGAGUGUCUAUGCACACAUGAUUGUUAAAGGGCUUUCACAUAUUCAUCGCAAAGGAGAAGAAAGUGUUGAUGAAUAA